GGUCAUGAGGGUCAUCAGCCCGGGGAAGGGACAGAGGUUGUCCCUUCAGAUUCUUUGUGGGAAAGGCAAAGAGGGUCUGGUCAUCCUGUUGAGAUUGAGAUUUUAGCUGGUCCUGCUCUGGGAGGUCUGUGGAGAUGAACUCAUGCUGCAAAGUAGGGGAGGCUGCACUGCCAUGCCCAGAGGAUGAGGCAUCAUGCUCUGGGGAUGGUGAAGGCACAUCAGGGGUAGGUGAAAGUGAGGGCAUGUCGUGGGUGAGGGAAGGUGAGGGUACACCAUCACUUGGAGGAGAGGCUAUAUUAUGGGUGGGAGAAGGCGAAGGCACAUCACUAAGAGAGGAGGGAGGGGACACAAUAUUGGUAUGUAAUGGAGAGGGCACAUCACAAACAGGUGAAGGCACAUCAUUAAGUGAUGAUAAUAAAGGCACAUUAUUAACCACUAAAGGUGGAGGGGCCAUGUCAUGCAUAGGCGAGGGAGAGGUUACAUCAUCAUCAGAUGGAGUGGCAUUAACAAGGGCACUUGAAAGGAGGGCCACAUCAGGGGUAGGUGAAAGAGAGGCCAUAUCAGGAGUGGGAGACACUGGAGCCACAUCUGGGGUACUUGACCCAGAAGUCAUGUCAUGGGCUGAUGAAACUGGGGCAGGUGAGAGGGAGGCCAUAUCAGGGACAGGUGAAACUGGGGCAGCCUCUGGGGCAGGUGAGAGGGAGGCCAUGUCAGGGACAGGUGAAACUGGGGCAGCCUCUGGGGCAGGUGAGAGGGAGGCCAUGUCAGGGACAGUUGAAACUGGGGCAGGUGAGAGGGAGGCCAUAUCAGGGAUAGGGGAAACUGGGGCAGCCUCUGGGGCAGGUGAGAGGGAGGCCAUAUCAGGGAUAGGGGAAACUGGGGCAGCUUCUGGAGCAGGUGAGAGGGAGGCCAUGUCAGGGAUAGGGGAAACUGGGGCAGGUGAGAGGGAGGUCAUAUCAGGGAUAGGGGAAACUGGGGCAGGUGAGAGGGAGGCCAUAUCAGGGAUAGGGGAAACUGGGGCAGCCUCUGGGGCAGGUGAGAGGGAGGCCAUAUCAGGGACAGGUGAAACUGGGACACGUGAGAGGGAGGCCAUAUCAGGGAUAGGGGAAACUGGGGCAGGUGAGAGGGAGGCCAUAUCAGGGAUAGGGGAAACUGGGGCAGCCUCUGGGGCAGGUGAGAGGGAGGCCAUAUCAGGGAUAGGGGAAACUGGGGCAGGUGAGAGGGAGGUCAUAUCAGGGAUAGGGGAAACUGGGGCAGCCUCUGGGGCAGGUGAGAGGGAGGCCAUAUCAGGGACAGGUGAAACUGGGGCAGCUUCUGGGGCAGGUGAGAGGGAGGCCAUAUCAGGGAUAGGGGAAACUGGGGCAGCCUCUGGGGCAGGUGAGAGGGAGGCCAUAUCAGGGACAGGUGAAACUGGGGCAGCUUCUGGGGCAGGUGAGAGGGAGGCCAUAUCAGGGAUAGGGGAAACUGGGGCAGCCUCUAGGGCAGAGGAGAGAAGGGCCACAACAGGUGUAGGUGAUGGCAAGGUCAAAUCAGGGACAGGGGAAAUACGGGCAGCCUCAGGAGUGGGUGACAGAGAGGCCAUAUCACAGGCAGGUGAAGAAGGCUCAUCAGGUGACAUAGAGCAUGCAUCAUGGGUAGUUGUUGGUAAAGGCACAUCACUGGUGAGUGAGGAUGGGGCCACAUCACUGGUUGGUGAGGGAAUGGGCACAUCAUCUGGGACAAGUGAUGGUGAAGGCACAUCAUUUAAAGGUGAAGCAAGGGCCACAUCAUGGGUGGGCAUUGGAGAGGGAACAUCUUGAGUGGGCAAUGAAGGGUGUUCAUCAAGUUGAUUUGUUGAUGACAAUGUUUCUAAUCUAUCUACAGGGCUACUUUCAUGCACAGGUGAGCAGGCAGUCGGUACAGUUUUGUCUAAGAGAGCUUCAGAAGAGCUAUAAGAGUAAUUUUCUAACACUGGAAUUUCAGAUGGAAUAGAAGAGUUGUACUGAAAGGGAGAUGUAGUUCCAUCUAGAAAGUCAUAGGAAGUGACAACAAGGGAAGAUCCUUCAUCAGAAAGAGAGUUAUGAGAGCCAUUCCAAGAAA